AAAAAACAAAGGUCAAAAAAACAGUCACACUUCACCUUCUCCUUCUAAAAUCCCAAAGCAUAAAUUCUUUCCUCUCUCUCUACUCUUUUCAACUCCACUACCUUCUCUUUCUCACCAUUUUCUCUCUCCUCAACUCAACAAUGGCGGACGACUUCCAAAGAUCAGUACAACUCGGUUUAAAGCUCUCAAAGCGUAUUUACUACGGAAAAGAUCCAUCAAUGAAACCGCCGCAACCUCCGCCAUCAAUGGAAAAAUCGUCGGAACAAGAACCGCAGUUUCUUCCGACGUCUCCGAUGGUUUACGCGGUGGUUUCUGAUCCUAUUGUAGUGGAUAAUCCUGACAUUCGAAGCUAUCAACCGUAUGUUCAUGGCCGAUGUAAUCCUCCGGCGUUAAUUCCACUUCAUCUUUAUGGAAUUGAAGUUGAGGUUGAUUGUUAUUUGGAUAUGGCGUUUGUUAAUUUCACUGGAACUUGGAGGUUGCAUUGUGUUGAUGGAAAUAGAAGGUGUGAUUGUUGCCUUGCUAUUCCUAUGGGCGACCAGGGUUCAGUUCUAGGUUUUGACAUUGAGGCUACUGGAGGGUCAUAUCUUUCCCAGUUAGUCAAGGUAGAAGAUGCAGAAAAUCUGGAUGGAUCAGACAAAGGUGAAUAUGGAGGCUUCCUGAAGCAAAAUAUUUUCACUCUGAAGAUCCCAAAGGUGGAAGGAGGAUCCAAGCUUGUGGUCAAAGCUAGGUGGUCCCAGAGGUUAUUAUACCAAAAUGGCGAGCUUUCGCUGACUUUGCCAUUUAGUUUUCCAGUUUAUGUUACUCCAGGUGGGAAAUUUUCGAAAAAACAAAAGAUACUUUUGAAUGUCAAUUCUGGUACGAGUACGGAAGUUCUAUGCAAAUCUGCGUCUCACUCGUUGAAGGAAUUAAAGCGUCAGGUUGGCAGAUUUGCGUUUUUGUAUGAAGAAGAAGUUGAUAUUUGGUCGCAGACUGACUUUGAAUUUUCCUAUUCAGUCUCUUCCAGUGCCAUACAUGGUGAAUUUCUUUUGCAUUCUCCUACUCCUAAUGAUUCUGAUCAAAAGGAAACAUUUGCCCUUUAUCUUCUCCCUGGUGAAGCCCAGAAUAGAAAGGCUUUUAGGAAGAGAGUAGUAUUCCUUGUUGAUAUAAGUGGUAGCAUGAAAGGAGGUCCUAUAGAAAAAGUCAAGAAGGCAGUCUUGGUAUACUUGUCGAAGUUAAAUCAAGACGAUCUAUUCAACAUCAUAGCAUUUAAUGGGGAAAGUCACUCAUUUUCCUCGUCAAUGGAACUGGCAACCCAUGAAGCACUACAACGCGUCAGUGAGUGGGUCAGCAUAAAGUUGAUUCCAGGAGGAGAAACAAAUAUUUUGCUCCCUAUGAACCAGGCUCUAGAGAUGGUGUCACAUGAAAGGAACUCAAUGUCUCUUAUAUAUCUUAUUACUGAUGGUGCUGUUGAAAACGAAAGAGACAUUUGUAAUGUGGUCCAAGAUUUUUGUGCCGCAAAAGACGGAACACCGUUUCUCCGUAUUUCUACGUUUGGCAUAGGCUCAUAUUGUAAUCACUACUUCCUACAAUUGCUAGCUCAAUUAGCAAAGGGCCAUUAUGAUGCUGCUUAUGAUGCUGAUUCUAUUGCUCCUCGGUUGCAGAGGCUUUGCAGAAAGUCUUCGGAAGUAAUUCUUUCAAACAUUGAAGUUGAUGGCUUGAGCCAUGUUGAAUCACUCACGUUGUAUCCGCCUACUAUUCAAGACCUUUCAACUGAAUGUCCUGUGAUUAUAUCAGGAAGCUAUGAAGGCAAGUUACCAGAGUCUCUAAAGGUACGUGGUACCUUGGCAGACAUGAGUAGCUUUGUGACAGACCUCAAAGUAUCGAAGGCAAAAGAUAUACCUCUAGACAAGGUAUUUGCACAGACACGGGUCGACACACUCACGGCAAAAGCUUGGUUCACGAGAAGCAAAGAAGUUGAGAAGCAGGUUGCAGAUAUUAGUAUGCAAACAGGAGUCCCGUCUGAAUACACUCGGAUGAUUCUUUUCCAGACAGAUUCUUGGAAUCAUGGACCAGAUGCCAUCACAAUACAAGGGAAAGAGGCAUAUGACAAAAGCAGUACACUGAAGAUGGUCAGAAGUCAGAAAAUAAUGGUAUUGCAGAGUCUGGGAUUUGGCUUUGGAGAUUUGAUCAAGACAGCUGAAAAUUUGCCUCCAGGGGUUAUCAUAAAAGCACCAGAUACAACAGAUUUAUUAGUUAACGCUGCUGCCGGUUGCUGUGGCCGGUUGCUUGAUCGGUUCUGUUGCAUGUGUUUCAUACAGGGGAUAUCGAAGUUGAGUGAUCGAUGUGUAAUAACUCUAUCCCAGCUCUGUGGUGCCCUCGCAUGUUGUCAGUGCCUCGAUUGUUGUUAUGAUCUUUGUGACAGUUGUUGUUAGCACUAAGCUGAAGUAAAAUGUACAUGCAACUAUGCAAGAGAUGUGUAUGUAUGUACGUAUGUAUAAUGCAUCUCAGUAUCUAUGUAUGUAUAUGCAUCAACUCAACUUCCUCUUAUUGUAGGAGUAUUCGUGGUUACUUCA